AUGGAGGGUGUCACCGAGCAAUCCAAGAGCGCCUUGAAGAAGGCCGAGAAGCAGGCCAAGAUGGCUGCCGAAAAGGCUGCAAAGGCUGCUAAGAAUGCCUCUAAGCAAGCCAACCUUCCCGUCGUCGGCGGCAAGAAGACGGACGAUAUCAUCGGCAUUACCGUUACCAAAACCGACAACUUUUCACAAUGGUACCAGGAAGUCGUCCUCAAGGCCGAAAUGGUCGAGUACUACCAGGAAAUCUCCGGUUUCUUUGUUCUCCGUCCCAUCUCCAUGUACAUCUGGAGCACCAUCCGCAAGUGGUUCCAGGAACGCAUUGAGAAUCUCGGUGUCGAGGAAGCCAGCUUCCCCAUGUUCCUUUCCGCCAAAUCUUUGGAGAAGGAAAAGGAUCACGUCGAGGGCUUCGCUCCCGAGCUGGCCUGGGUCACCAAGGCUGGUGAUAAGGAUCUCGAGGUCCCUGUCGCUGUCCGUCCAACCUCCGAAGCCGUCAUGUACCCCUACUAUGCCAAAUGGAUCCGAAGCCACCGCGAUCUCCCCUUGCGACUGAACCAAUGGAACUCGGUUGUGAGAUGGGAGGCUAAGCAAACCACCCCUUUCCUCCGCACUCGCGAAUUUCUCUGGCAGGAAGGCCACACGGCGCAUCUGAAUGAAGAACUUGCUGGUGUUGAAGUUCUACAGAUUCUCGACUGGUACGCUGGCAUUUAUGAAGAGCUGCUUGCCGUUCCCGUCGUCAAGGGCCGCAAGACCCAAAACGAAAAAUUUGCCGGUGGAUACUACACUACUACUGUUGAAGGCUACAUUCCCUCCAACGGCCGUGGUAUCCAGGGCGGCACGUCUCACUGCCUAGGCCAGAACUUUAGCAAGAUGUUUGACAUUACUGUCGAGGACCCUGCCAACAAGGGCAACCACAUUCACGUGUGGCAGAACUCUUGGGGUCUGUCCACCCGUGUCAUUGGUGUCAUGGUCAUGGUCCACGGUGACAACAAGGGUCUCGUGCUCCCUCCCCGUAUCGCCAAGCUGCAGACGAUUCUUAUUCCCGUCGGUAUCAACAAGAGCACGACCCCCGAGGCUCGCAAGCAGCACGAGGAGCAGCUCCUCGACAUUCAGCACACUCUCAAGAAGGCGGGUGUCCGCGUCGAUGUCGACUUCCGCGAUGGUUACACUCCUGCUUGGAAGUUCAACGACUGGGAGUUGAAGGGCGUUCCCCUUCGCAUUGAGUUUGGUCCCAAGGAUGCUGCCAACAAGGUUGUUUCCUUUGCUCGUCGUGAUACUGGUGAGAAGGGCACUGUUGCUCUGGAUGAGCUCAGCACCAAGAUCCCCGAGCUGCUCGAGACCAUACAAAAGGACAUGUAUAGCAAGGCCGAGACUUCGUUCCGUGAGCACCGUCUCAAGAUUACCAACUGGGACGAGGUUCUUCCUGCUCUCGACAACAAGAAUGUUGUGCUCAUUCCCUUUUGCGGUGACGGCAAGUGCGAGGACCGUAUCAAGGAGCUCACCACUCGCGUAGAUGAGCAGCCUGAUGUUCCCGAGAACCAAAAGCCUCCCACGAUGGGCAUGAAGUCGCUCUGCAUUCCCUUUGAGCAGCCUGAGGGCAUUGUUGCUGGCGAAACUGAGUGCCUGAACCCUGAAUGCAAGGGCAAGGCCGACAAGUGGACCAUGUUUGGCCGCAGCUACUAA